AGUCUGUCCUUUACUUAUUUUAUGUUUAAAAAGGUUAAAAAAUAUUUCCUUCAAUUUUUCUUUAUUUCUAAAUUACCCAAAGGUUUCCUGGAAAAUAUUUCAAAAUCUAACACCAAAUUAAUUGUUGCAUGCUCUUCCAUUCGCGCACAGAUGUGUGUGCGAUUAACCUUUUUUUCUACUACAUAUUCAUCUACCUCAACCAAAAUAAUAUUUUCUUUUCUGCACUUUCCUCAUUUCUUGUUUUGA